GGUGAAGUUGACAAUUGACCACUUGUAUCUCAUUUGUUGAUUACUUUAAUAUUUAGGAAAGCUUUGACAAAUUCACAAGCAAAAAAAUCCCAUUCCGCAAUUGCUUUUCUCAAAUUGAUUUGAUUCUCCUUUCAGCUCCUUGGGUUUGAGAUGCAGCUCUGUAUAAUCUGUAGUUAGCAUAGUCGGUUUGUUGCUGUAGUCGGAGCAUUGUUUUUAUUGAAAUAAACUUAUUUGUGUAAUUAUAAUUUUAACAUUGUCACAGUUGGUCCCAAAACCCGACGAAAAAUAUGGAGGAUUGCAUUAGGUCAUUGAUAAUUAGUGUAAAACUAUAUCAGAUCUCUUACGGCUUUGUUAUUGUAUUUUCACUAGCGGUACCAGGUUCUUUUUUGGAUUUUAUUUUCUUCCUUGUACAACUUUUAAAGUAUUUUAUUAUAUCAUUCAAAUCAAGUAAAGCUUUCCAAGCAACGUGAAAAGGUUUUGCUUGUCUCUCUUAUUAGAUUGGUUCAGGUUGAGGGUUUAGGGUGGAAUCACCUGUUUCUCCAUGUCAAAGGAAUCCAUCCAUAUAUCUGGGCUCCUACACAGGCCCAUAUCACAACCACCACAGCCAAUAGAAUCAUGUGGGCCCGCAGCCUGGUGUCCGGGACCCACGAGUACCAGCUACUGUCUCCAGGUGCAGAGGUACUGCCACCAUCACUGACAAGGUGGUGGAAACGGAGGUCUCAAGUCAUUUGAUCCAUGAGGGAUCUCAGACCCACACGCAGAAGCUAUAAAGAACCACCAGCAUCUCUGUUCUCUUUCAGUCAGCUCCCUUCCUACUCCCCUGUAGGCCGAUGAAAGCGAAGGACAUGGCGACGUCGAAGAGCGAGGAGAAGAGCUUGCCAUGCCCAUCCUUCUGCCGCCGGUGUCGAUCGCUGGUGAGGGAACAGAGGGCUCGCUUCUACAUACUCCGGCGAUGCAUCGUGAUGUUGGUUUGCUGGAGAGACAGCGGCGAUCUUUGACACCACCGUGAGGAGGAGUAUACAUGUGUAUACGCAGUAGUACUACGUAUGUAGAAAAGCUUUAGUUCCAGGAAAUGUAGUCCAUGAGGCCAUGCAACUUGUGCAUAACCAUGCAACAUGAUCAAGCGAUUGAUGGUGCAGAUGUUGUUUACUGGUAGUGUUUCGUAGGUCGUUCCAAAGACGAGCUUCUUCUAUCUUUGCUUCUUGAUUCGGCCUGCAGCUUACUUUCUUGAUCAUCACUUCUUUUCCUGUGUAUUCGUGCAUCUCUGUAUUCUAAUUCUGCUAUCUCUGACUCCAGAAACGAUAGAUCUUAUCGAAAAGAGAAGAUUUCUUGUAGUAUCAUUACUUGGUCCGAAGAACAUCUGCGGUCGAGCCUCCCUUCACCGUGAAGGAAAAAUGUAAUUGAUCUCUCGCCUUAUAGUUUUGACAGCCCAAUGAUCAUCCGAAUGGGUGUAAU